GAGCCCUGGGUUCGACUGACAUGCCUUGGCUCCGCCUCUUUUUCCCUCCUCGGCAGUUCUUGUCGGUUCUCCUGGCCGGGGUUUGCAGCUUUCCUCUCCGGCCGGCAGCCGCGCGUCGGGCGUUGUGUGGCCUUUUCUCACCACCCCACAUCCAGAGAGAUGCCGAAUGGAGAUGGUAAAAAACUGUUGCCUGUCUUUGCUCAUGCGGCCUGCCGCUGUCUUCUCUCAGCUGAAAAAACAGGUCUAAGAAAAAUCACUUCUUCGGAUUAAAAAGAAUUUAACUACUGCUGCAGUAGUUGUGUCUGAGAAUCAGCAGUUUUGUUCUAAAAAUUGCUUUAAAACUUGUCAAAUGACCUCAAUGGCCAGUCUGUUCUCUUUUACUAGCCCAGCUGUAAAGCGCUUGUUGGGCUGGAAACAAGGUGAUGAAGAAGAAAAAUGGGCAGAAAAAGCAGUCGAUGCUUUGGUAAAAAAACUAAAAAAGAAAAAAGGAGCCAUGGAGGAACUGGAAAAGGCACUAAGUAGUCCUGGACAACCCAGCAAAUGUGUUACAAUUCCUCGUUCAUUAGAUGGGCGACUUCAAGUGUCACACCGCAAAGGCCUUCCCCACGUGAUUUACUGCCGUGUGUGGCGUUGGCCUGAUUUGCAGAGUCAUCAUGAGCUGAAGCCAUUGGACAUUUGCGAAUUUCCUUUUGGAUCUAAACAGAAAGAAGUUUGUAUCAAUCCAUACCAUUACAAAAGGGUGGAAAGCCCAGUUUUACCUCCAGUCUUGGUGCCAAGGCACAGUGAAUUUAACCCACAGCAUAGCCUUUUGGUUCAGUUUAGAAACUUAACUCACAAUGAACCACAUAUGCCACACAAUGCUACCUUUCCAGAUUCAUUCCAACAGCCCAACAGCACUCCGUUUCCCAUGUCUCCAAAUAGUCCAUACCCACCAUCUCCAAGCAGCAAUACCUAUCCAAAUUCUCCAGCUAGUUCUGGACCAUCUAGCCCAUUUCAACUACCAGCUGAUACACCACCACCUGCAUAUAUGCCUCCUGAAGACCAAAUGGGUCAAGAUACUUCACAGUCUAUGGAUACAAGCAAUAGUAUAAUUCCUCAGAUAAUGCCCAAUAUUUCGAGCAGAGAUGUUCAUCCUGUGGCCUAUGAAGAACCCAAACACUGGUGUUCAAUAGUGUAUUACGAACUAAACAAUCGUGUUGGGGAGGCUUUUCAUGCGUCUUCUACCAGUAUCUUAGUAGAUGGAUUUACAGAUCCUUCCAACAACAAAAACAGAUUCUGCUUAGGUUUACUCUCCAAUGUUAAUCGUAACUCAACAAUUGAGAACACUCGGCGACACAUUGGAAAAGGCGUUCAUCUAUAUUAUGUUGGUGGGGAAGUCUAUGCAGAAUGCCUGAGUGACAGCAGCAUAUUCGUACAAAGUAGGAAUUGUAAUUAUCAUCACGGAUUUCACACUACAACUGUAUGCAAGAUUCCCAGUGGCUGUAGUCUUAAAAUCUUUAACAAUCAGGAAUUUGCUCAGCUUCUAGCUCAGUCAGUCAAUCACGGAUUUGAGGCAGUAUAUGAGCUCACCAAAAUGUGCACAAUUCGAAUGAGUUUUGUAAAGGGAUGGGGAGCAGAAUACCACCGACAAGAUGUUACAAGCACCCCGUGUUGGAUAGAAAUCCAUCUUCAUGGGCCUCUUCAGUGGCUGGAUAAAGUACUUACCCAAAUGGGCUCCCCACUUAAUCCUAUUUCUUCUGUUUCAUAGUGCCAAAGUAUUUCUUCAGCAACUGCAGUUUUAGUGACCAUUUUCUAAUUUUCCAGAAGCUUCCAAUGUGGAUUUUGUAGGAAUACAUCAUAAGUUACAUUUCUUCUUCUACAAAUGACCAAUUCCAUUGUUUUAUCAUCAUUUUCCCUUUCAUUUCAUUUUAAGACUGUUCAAUUUGGACGAAAACUGAAAAAUGCAGAAACUGUUUUACCUGAGCUAUACAUAUUUGAACAACUUUUGAUUUCACUGGAAAUAUUUUAACAUGUUUUCUGAGGACACAUUCUUGAAUGACUUUACACAAUGAACACUAUCUCAUUUGCUAAAUCUAUAUAGCUCCAAUUUACCAUCAGUUUUUAAUAUUACUAUAUGGUUGUGUGGAUGAUCUAAAUCCACAAAGAGCUAGCUUUAUUGUACCUAAGAUUGCCUUUAGCUUAAAUAUGACCUCAAUAUGUACAUGUUGACAAGCACCUGUUACAGAUAGUGAUAACAGAAUGCAUUAGAGCAGGCUCUCCUUUAAUCAGUAGCAAAGUUACUUUCAUCACAGUUCAGUGUUGCCUUCAUAAUUUAGUCCUGUACUCUGAUCAAAGUCCAGGGAGAUUCAGAUGAAUGUGUGUAGGAUUGGUCUUAACAGAUGUUUUAUCCAGGGUAUGCACUGUUUGAGGUAGUCAACAAUUAUUUGAAUACAAAACACUAAAGUGCUGUGUAUCACAUUGCAAGAAUGUGCAUUGUGUUUUACAUUUUAUUUUGCAUUUUUGUAGAAAAUAGUCUGGAGGCUUCCUAAAAAUUUACAUUUGCUAAUUUUCAAUAUUUUUUUCCCCUUUAAAUAUUUUGUUUUGGGGAGAUUUAAAUUUUACCUAGUAAGUAUUGUAAAACACUUGCUUUUUGGUUGCUGGGGAAGCUCAUUCUCAUAAUAAUGAUUUAUGAGAAUAUUGUCAUUGGGUGACUGAAAGUUGAAUGAUGUAAAAUAAACCUUUUUUUAUUGGCAAGGGCUACAUUCUUUCAGGAGUAAUCUCAUGGAGGCUAUAUACACUGUUUGGUGGGUGAUAUUUAACAUCUUAACUUUCCUUAACUUUCUUCCCUACCUUUCCUUUGCAAAUGGGCUAAUAAUUCCUGCUAAAGGUGUAUAUCAAAUACAUCGAGCACAUUUUUAAAAUUAGGAUGUAUACCUUUGGUAGAGUGUUCAUGAACCUUAAACAUUCAUACAUGCAGGAUCUCUUGUAUAAUUUAACAAAAGCUGGCAAUCUUAACAUCUGUAUCGUAUUUAGAAUUGUUGUGACUAAAGCAAUGGAAAGUCAUAACAAAGUACUGAUGAAUGGUUUGUCAUGAGGAUACAGGUGUUUAUUAAAUGUUAUUUGUCUCCAGGAAUAUUUUGAUUCUUUGGACUAAAGAAACAAUAUAUUACAGAUAACCACCAUUCCAAGUCAAAGUAAUAUUUAAUUUAAAUUUAAAUGGAGAUGAAAUUUCCCUAAAUCUGUUUGUCUCAGGCUCAUCUAUUCAAUCAGUAAUUGGUUGAAACUUUGGCUUUAAAUAUAUAAUCUUUCCUUGAAAUUUCAGUUUUCAGUGGUAAAUUGUUCAAAGGCUUUCACCCCUCAAAAAAUACUUACACUGUUUUAAUUUCCUUCCUUGGACAUGGAAGGCAAUCUAUAUCAGAAGUAGAUCUUGGGUAUUUUGCCCCUUCAAUGCUAGCAAUUAAAAGGGAACUUCUUACAACAAAGUAUGAAAUUUUGUAUGGAUUCUGUCCAAGGUGUCUGAGCUCAAAAAGAGAAUCUUAGACAAUGUUACUGUGAGGAGAGCCUUCUACACUCUAUACGUGGUUCUAUCCUUCAGUCUUGAUGCUUUAGAAUCCCAUGUGUUAGAAUAAUCAAGAACAUAUGCAGAUCCAUAGUAUAUGUUGGCACAAGGCAGAUACCUUUUACCCAAUUUUGAUUGAGAGUUCUUACAUGCUUAUCUUAAUAUGAUGUUUAGUUAAGUUUGGUAAUCCUAAAAUUCUGUAUGGAGGAUAAUGUCUUAUAAAAGUAACUGUAUAAAAUGAGGGAGAAGAAUGUAGAUUGGAAAGACCCAUCCUGGGUCAAAUUAAAGGCCUCUUCUGCUUGUAUUCUUAAACAACUCAACAUUAAAAGGCAGGUUGAUCUUUCGUUUUGUUUUUACUUAAGAUAUCUAGUCACCACGAUUAGUGCCAUUUGUGGCCUUUAAAAUUUGUCUAAACUCCAACUAUUUAUAGUUGUGAAUCUCAUAAUUUAAUCUGCCUUCUUUGUUAUACUUGAUCUUUUCUGAUUCAACUUCAGUUCAUGACCUCAUAUUCUAUUAAGAAAAGGUUUGGUACAGUGAUCAGAAAUGAUAGACAAAGUGUAGCAAUAUUAACAUAUUGGCAAUUUAAUUCAUUUAAUUCAUUUUGUAAUAUGUCCAGCAUGGAGUUUGCUUUUUCAAAGUAGUUGUCCUUUUUUAUUUGACAUAUCCAUCGCAAUCCCAAGAGACUAAUUAAUCCAACUCACAUGAUGCGGUAAUUAUUUCAAGGCACUUCUUAAGUUAAAUGAGUGUGUAUUUUGAGUCCCUGAAUUGAAUACAAGUUCCUCAGUUUUUGGGAAAUUAGUAGUUAAUAUGGGAAAAUAGAAGGUAUGAAACAAGUUGGCUUGUUAGCAAUGUAAAAGGAAGUUUGGCCAUGUGUACUGUUCCCAUUUAAAUACUUGUAAUCUUGGUAGAUAAUUUUUGCAUUUCAAUAAUCCUGCUGUAUGGUGGUAUUUGGAAUACCACUUCCUUGUGUAUUCUAUGGUAAUGCCUUUGAAGACUAGUUCUAAAUUCUAGUUCUAGUUCUAAAAACUAACAGUUUUAAACUUGUGACUUCUGACCAGAGAAGGUGCAAUUUGUAAUGCAUGAUGGUAUUAUCUUAAGAAUGUAAGAAUAGAGCACUGUAAAGUUAAGGCCUAUCUUGCCCAUUAUUUUAUAGCACAGGUGUCAAAACUCGGUCAUGUCACAUGAUAUAUCGUGACGUAUUGCAUUUUUUUUGCCUUUGUGGAGUUGGUGUGGGGGUGGCCUGAACAUGACGCAUCUGGCUUGCGGGCCACCAAUUUGACACCCCUGUUCUAUAGGAACCAAUUAGAUGAUUGUAUUAGUCUGUAAACAGGAAAGAGCAAUUGCCUUUUGCUAUAAUUCUCUAUUGUCUUAUCAUUUAGAGCUGUGCUAUAGUAACAUGGUUAGUAACUGUUAAUCUUAUAUGUAAUCAUUUUGUCUGAUCCUUUUAAAAGCCAUUUAAAUUGCUGGAUAAAAGGAUGUCAAUAGAUCAUGAUAGUAUGUUCCAUGGUAACUGGGGUACCCUUCAUAUUUGGCCUUUGAUUCAGAUAUGUUGAGAGAGAAGUAGAUGACAAAGUUUCUUCAAGGAUAAAAGAAUAAAAUUGUAUACAUAUUGUGAAAAAAGAGGUUUCUGAAAACAAGUUAAAAGUUGAAAAUUCACCUUAUAAAGCUCCAUUAGAUAAGUGUUACUAGUUUCUGCUGAAGUUCUAAAAAGCAACAGCAUACACCAGAGGUUAUUUACUUUGAACAGGAGAAGUACAGAUACUAUUUUGCUGGCUCUUAUUUUAAGAAGCUGCUUUUAUUGAAUAUCCAGUUAGUUAAGGUCAGAAUUACCUGGGAGUUCUGAGCCAUUUCUUCCUAGUUAAAUGAAUGGGAACUAUAAAGAGUGCUAGAUAGAUUAUGUUAGUUACUCAGCCUUUCCCAGCCUCACAGCUUCUAACUAGAAUUUGUGGAAACCAAUACUGGUUGGGAGUUCUGUAAUUUCUAAAAAAGAAUCAGAUAGCUGAAGGUUGCAGUAUAUGUAUGAGAGACAACAACAAAGACAUCCUAAAUUUUUUGGAUUGCAAUUUAUUUUAUUGUAAAUCAGUAAUCCAGGUAGUAACACCUAAUAAUACUUCUAGUAGAGUGAUGAUAACUCAUUUGCGGUUUUUCUAAAAUGUUUAGAAUCUGGGUAAGUAACACCCCCCCCUUUUUUUUUACUGCUCAAGCCAUUUAUAUAUCAUUAGGUACCAGAAAAAACUUUUUAAUGUAUUUUGAUUUGUGGGCAGCAGAAAUUAUUAUGUGACUUUGCAUGCAAUUUCAACCAAUUAUUGCCAUCAGAAUAUAUGUAGUAUUCUUGUAGCAAAUGUAUAUUUUUGGACUGUAUUACAGCAAUAAGUUAAUAUCUGAUUUUUCCUUAUUUCUCUGCUGAGACAAAUGUAUUAAACACUAUUGCAACAG